AUGGGCCAUGCCCCAUGCUUUUCGAGCGAGCUCUUCUCCGUACCGCUACUGUCGUGCCCUUUUACCGCACCAGCAUGGGCAAAGUGCGGACACCGCAGUACCCCGGUACCUUUUUUUUUAUUUAAUUUUUUACCUCAACCUGCACCUGCACCCUGCACCUUCUUGCGCCGGCCGGGGUGGGCGUGUGGAUUGUGGGUUAUGGAUGGAUGGACUUCGACCUGCCUCCUCUUCUUUUCUCACCACCAGAAACAAAACCUUCCCACGCCCGUCUUCUUUCUUUUCUUUCUAUCUCUCACGACUCCACCAACCACCUCCAAUAUUUCCACUUAGGACCAGCCAAAGAGGCGAGGACGGUAAUUCAGACUUCUUCUACGCCUGCGUCUCCCAAUGCUUCUUCAUCACCUUACAUCCUCUUGCUCCUCACCUUAGACCCUCCUCAAAACUUAACACCCUUCUUUCCGCCUCCCCAGCAUUCCUCUACUGCAUCUCUUCUGCACAACCCGCCCCCUUCUGCGCUCUUAUACGCCAAAACCUCUAGCUAAUGUACCUGCAUUAGAAGAGUUGGCCGAGCUCGACGAAAGAGAAAGAGAAGAAAACAAGGUUGACCAACACGAUCACUCUACUCUCGAGCGUUUGUGUGGUGUCUGGUGCAAACCUGCCUGCCUGAAUAGACCUUACAAACGGCCUCCACCGCUUGUAACCCAGCUCCCGAUUUCUGCAUCUAGCAAGAAAAAAACGGGCAUUCCCUCGCUUCGUAUCGUCACCGUCCUCGGCGCCUUUUGUGCAACCGGCCUUGCAACCAAAGACAGACCACCUUGUCCCCCCUCUUCUGCCACUGGGACAAACGGACAUCGCCAUCACUCAACCUGCAUUUCCUGCCGAACCUACACUGCCAUCUAGACAACACAUCAAUCACAGUUGUCUACGAACCUGCCAUCAGAUGUCCUAAACACGUACACAAAAAGGUUCUGAUUUUAACGACUGCUUACGACGACCACGACCGUCCUGAUUCGUUCUCUCUCGAAAGGUUCUCGUAUCACACCGACUGUACUAGUUUUCUUCCCGGUAGCACUUUCACUGUCUCGAGCACUCUUGCAAUCUUGAGCGCCGCCUCGACCCUCGCCCAUCGGUCUUGACCACCCCCUCAAUCACGCUGUGAUAGGGCUUAGACGCUUCGAAGGAAACGUUGCCCUCACUCGACAACCGAUUCUUUGCUACUACGGUCACGGGGCUCACUUGCCGACUCGUGCUUUACUCGACUCUGGUGCUUGCUUGGUGCUAGGAACCUUAGGGGCAAACCGUGAAGCUGGAUCUGCCGUCGAUUUCUCAAGUCCAAAACCGG